CCUCGGGGGCUCAACGGGACUCUAGCUGUGGAGACUGACCACAGCACAGCUCCCACCCAGCUUUCUAGGGUCACUGGGUUCACGGGGACUCAACGGGUAGUGAUGGCUCAAGCACUCAGGGGCACCACAGGACACGGGUGGUCAGUGCACACACAGCGGGUCAGUUCGGACAUGAGUGGUCGGUGCACACACUGGGGACAGUUCAGAACACGGGUGGUCAGUGCACACAGCAGGCACAGUUUAGGACACAGGUGGUCAGUGCGCACAACAGGGACGGUUCAGGACACAGAUGGUCGGUGCACACAGCGGGGACAGUUCAGGACACAGGUGGUCAGUGCACACACAGCAGAGACA